GUGAUGCGCGCUUCCGCCCCCUCUUCGUUUUUUACUGCUUUCCUUUCUUUCUUUGAAGCCACACAAACAAAACAGCUUCGCCUGCACUUUCAAUUAAACGAGGAGACAAUAAAGACAGACAACAGGGUCGCUCUCUAAACACCGCGGAUUAUUUCCCAUCGCCAUUUUUCAGCCGCCAGACACUCGGGAUCAUGGACACCGACUACUCCGGCUUGGAAAACCCUCUGUACAGCGAGCUGAAAUAUUUUUGUAGGAAGAUACAGGAGGCCUAUAACGAGCUGAAAGAGGACCUGACACCUUACCGAGAUGAUCGCUUUUACAGACUGGCCCCCAUGCGGCUUUACACACUCUCCAAGAGACACUUUGUCCUGGUCUUCGUGGUGUUCCUGAUCUGCUUUGGCCUCACAGUCUUCAUUGGCAUUGCAGGUCCUAGGAUUAUUGCUGAGCAAGAACACAGUGGUGACCAGUUACUUGUGAAAAACCAUUCAGUUAAGACGGGGCCCUUCAAUCUAGUUUCUCCUCCGCUGACCACGUACAACCAGCAACUAUGGCUCACCUGUGUGAUGCAGGUUGAACACAGCAACGUGGUCGAUUUCCAGCAGAAUUUUGAGAUCAACGUCGAGCUGAAGGGAGUGAUGCAGGACGCCAGUGUUAUGCACAUCAACAACAACGUGCACCAGAAGUCACGGACACUACACUGCGGGGCUAAAUGUGAUGAGAUCAUCGUGCUCCAUCUGGGCUACCUGAACUACACCCAGUACCAGAUCAUAGUCAGCUUCAAAGGCCUUGAAAACAUCACGUAUGACAUCAAGGUCAACUUUGUGUGGAAAACAUACAAUCCCACCUUCUCUCAAGUGGAAAUCUGGUUCCGGUUUGUCUUCGUGGUUUUGACCUUUAUGGUGACGUGUAUGUUUGCUCACUCGUUGAGGAAGUUUUCCAUGAGGGACUGGGGGAUAGAACAGAAGUGGAUGUCCAUCCUGCUGCCUCUGCUCCUGCUCUACAACGAUCCGUUCUUCCCGCUGUCCUUCCUGGUGAACAGCUGGUUCCCAGGAACGUUGGACGCAUUCUUCCAGGCUCUGUUCCUGUGCGCCCUGCUGCUCUUCUGGCUCUGUGUCUACCAUGGCAUCAGGGUUCAGGGUGAGAGAAAAUGCCUGACCUUCUACCUGCCUAAGCUGGUCAUUGUUGGUCUCCUUUGGCUUUCAGCUGUUACACUGGGGAUCUGGCAAACGGUGAAUGAGCUCCAGGAUCCUACCUACCUAUACAAAGUGGAUAUAGCAAACUUUCAGGGCAUGAAGAUCUUCUUUCUGAUUGUCGUGGUUCUCUACAUCCUCUACCUGAUCUUCCUGAUUGUCAGAGCUUGUUCUGAACUCAAGAACAUGCCCUACUCAGAUCUGCGUCUGAAGUUUCUGACAGCGCUGACAUUUGUGGUCCUCAUAAUAAGCAUGGUCAUUCUCUAUCUGCGUUUUGGUGCCAAGGCUCUUCAGGACAACUUUGUGGCCGAGCUGACCACUCAUUACCAAAACUCAGCUGAAUUUUUAUCCUUCUAUGGUCUGCUCAACUUCUACUUAUAUACAUUAGCAUUUGUGUAUUCGCCUUCUAAAAAUGCCCUUUAUGACUCACAGCUGAAGGAUAAUCCUGCCUUCUCCAUGCUAAAUGACUCAGAUGACGAAGUAAUAUAUGGGAGCGAUUAUGAAGAAAUGCCUUUACAAAACGGCCGUGCCAUCAAAGCAACCGCCAAGUACCAGGAUGAGAGUGACAGCGACUGAGGGGACUUCCAACUGUCUCACCUGUCCUCAUCUCCUGUGUCCCUGUUGGAAACUGUGGGGUUGGAACUACCGUGUGUAUGUGUAAAUAAGGAGUAAUGGCAUUCACAAUGCAAAGUGAUAUACUGUAACUGUACAUAACUAUAUUUUUAAAGGAAUUUCAUGUCUACUGAAUGUAAACUGAGUUAAUGUCGGUAGCCAGUCAACCUUUUUUUUUUUUUUUUUUUUUUUUUUUUGGCCUUGUCUGUUUUCAGACUCCUUGAGAAUAAUAGAAACAGAUGUUGGUACCAUCACUGUAAUCUGCAACACUAUUUUUGCUAAUUUUUUUUUUUUUUAUUUCCUUACAACUUCUUAGGUAUAGAUGAACGGGAAAAGUGUCAAUAUUGAUUGUGGGAGCUUUUUUUUUUUUUAUUUAUAAAGAAAAUCAAGGUUAUUUUGAAUGUUUUGUUUUGUGUUGAACCACUGUUGUCUUUCUGUGCUCGUACUGUUAUUGUUUUUGCCAUUCCCGUAUGCUCUCUGACAUUCUGAUGAUACUGAAGAGUUUUUUUAAAAAGAUGGCCAAAGCUGAAUACCUAGGAAUCAUUUCAGAUUUUUAGUAGAAAAUGAAAAACAGCAAGCGUGCAGCAACUAUUAAUAUAUUUGUUGUUUUUUAAGCACUAUUAUUGAUAAAUGGAAAUUGAAGUGCCAUAGAGGUGAUGGUUAAUGACGAAUCCUCAGUUUCUACCGAUGUGUUAAAACCAGGGAGAGCCUUAAUCGCAGUAGGUACUACUGACUCCUUACCACUACUUUACCCAUUCAUUCCUUGUGAAGUAGCUUUACUUUUGCACUGUCACAAUGUUUAUUUAUUUUAUUAGUUUGUUGAAGCAUGAUGGCACUUCAGUCUUUAGUGACCUGGAUGGAUGGAUUUUGUGGAACUGAAUGGAUUUUAUACAACUUUUUGUUAUGACUGUAAAAAAAAACAACCUUAAAGGACCACCUAUCUAUCAAUUUCAUAACCAGCCACAUUUAGUUGCAUCAUUGGAAGGUCGGUUACAGUCUUUCUGCAUUAUCAAACAUGAUUUUAAGUAAUCUUUUCCUCCCUGCUAUGACUUUAUAUUUGGAUACUGUUUUAAAACAUUUAUUGCUUAAAAGUGUUUCAUUGCUCUAACCUUUGUUUUGUGAAACUGGAACUUCCGGAUGCGUUAGAACUUUCCACAAAAUCAAAUGUGUUUUUUCACUAUGUAAUAUCUAAACAUGUAUUCUAUUCAAGAUGGUGCCUUGUCUUCACUUCAGAUUAAGUUUUCUUCUGAACAGGCUGCAGUCUUAAAUGUGUAAAGGCUUUGACAUAAAUCUAUGUGACUGAAUCCUUGAGUAUGAAUGUAGCUUACGUUGAUUUUAGCUAUUUUAAAGUUCUUGGAGGUAGACAUGGGGCUUUGUAUGUUGGAGGUACUUGUAAUAUUUGUUGCUUUAUGACA